CUUCAUUUUUUUGGCUUGGCAACUGCUCAGUUAGUUUGUAUUUUGCCUUAUAUUUAUAUUAAUUAUUAAGAAAAUUUCGGUAUGAAUAAUUCCAGAUCAUUUACUUUAUCUAUUUUGCGUGGAAUCAGCCAUGAACUUCGAAGAGCCAAUCCCAAUCUCAAACCUGUAUCUCAAACCACAGCAUUUUCAUAUUUAAUAAAUGAAUAUCGCAAGCAUCAAGUUACAGAAAAACGUACCUGCAAAAGUGCAGAAGAACUGAGCACAAUGGCCAAGACAUAUUUGUGUUACCUUCAGUCAUUACGUGAAAAUCAGGAACUGAUAGAUCGUUAUCAUUCUCAUGGUGAAAGAUCGGUGGAAGAAACAGCAAAACUUGUAGGUUUUAGUUUGCCAAAAUCUGCUAAUGAAGAAAUACCUGAAAAAGAGAUUUAAUGUUUUUGUAUAGUGUGUUGAUGAAUUGUAUAUUUCUGUUAUAAAACUAUUAGAUAUCUAAAAAUAAAUUUUUAAUUUGAGAA